AUGGCUCCAUCAAGCAAUCAUAAAGUCGUCAUUGUUGGCGCCGGCCCUGUCGGCUCUUUGGCUGCUUUGUAUGCAGCCGCCCGAGGCGAUGAGGUGGAAGUGUACGAGUUGCGUGGAGACCUCCGUGACCCAUCUACCAUCCCCCUGAACUUCACCAAAUCCAUCAACCUGGCUCUGUCUGAGCGUGGGAUUAACGCCAUGAAGCACACUCGUCGGGACAACAUGAUCCAGAAGAUCCUCGGCGAGGCCAUCCCCGUCUAUGGGCGGAUGAUCCAUGGCAGGAACGACGAGAAGCUUUGGGAAGCCUCUCAGGCUUACGAUGUACACGGCCGGCAUAUAAAUGCAGCUGAUAGAUGCCAUUUAAAUAACGCUCUCUUGGAUGAGCUGGAACAGACGCCAAAUGUCAAACUUUUUUUCAACCACAAGCUGACAGGAGCCGACUUCCGUGCCAAAAAGGCAUGGUUCGAGCAGCGUACUCCUGCAGAUAACACUAGUCGUGCCCCUGAGGUCGAAAUCACCUUCGACUACUUGGUCGGUGCGGAUGGUGCUCACUCAAUCUCGAGAUAUCAUAUGAUGAAAUACGCCCGAGUUGACUACCAGCAGCAAUAUAUCGAUGCUCUGUGGUGCGAAUUCCACAUUCCGCCGACCGAAGAGGGUGAAUUCCGCAUUUCUCCUAAUCAUUUGCAUAUUUGGCCCGGGAAGGAAUUCAUGUUCAUUGCUCUCCCGUCCGCAGACAAAUCCUUUACCUGCACCUUGUUCGCUUCCACAAGUUAUUAUACUCUCUUAGAAAGCUCGCCAGAGAGUUUGUUGGAGUCAUUUGAUAAGAACUUCCCUGGCGUCUGUCCAGACCUCAUUACUCCCGCGGACCUUCAGACGCAGUUUGAAACCAACCCUCACCUGCCACUAAUUAGCAUCAAGUGCAGCCCUUAUCACUUUGGCUCGAGUGCGGUCAUUGUCGGUGAUGCGGCACAUGCUGUUGUGCCGUUUUACGGCCAGGGUUUGAAUGCCGGGUUGGAAGAUAUUCGCGUCUUAUUUGAGUGUUUAGAUCAACACGGGGUUUAUGAUCUGAAUGCCAGUCCCGAGUCGCGUGCUUUGUCUCGUCAGGCAGCCUUGCAGGCGUAUACGGAUCAGCGCACGAAAGAUGCUCAUGCUAUCAAUGAUCUUUCUAAGGAUAACUACAUCGAAAUGCGGUGGGGUGUGCAAUUGCCACUGUACAAGCUGCGCAAGUCACUCGAAGAAACUCUGGAUCGUUAUAUGCCUAGCCUAGGCUGGCAAACCCAAUAUGUCAGGGUCAGCUUCAGCACCCAGCCCUACUCGGAGGUCAUCAAGGCAGUUGAAAGACAAGGCACGCUUCUUCUGUAUGGGUCUAUUUCCGCGAUCAUUUCCAGUGCAGCAAUUGUUGGAGUGCUCGCAUGGAAUUACCCUAUGCGGGUUUCAUUGCUUUCUAUGUUGCAGUCCCCAAUCCAGCAACUUUGGAGUGUGUGGAGAAAUUAUCACUGUUAA